GGCGGAGCCGAGGCCACCCGGACGCGGCGCACAGAACAACGUGGAGAUACCUGGCCACCAUGCUCAGUCUCAAGCUGCCUCAACUUCUUCGAGUCCACCAGGUCCCUCGGGUGUUCUGGGAAGACAACAUCAUGUCUGGCUACCGACGCCCCACAAGCUCAGCCUUAGACUGUGUCCUCAGCUCCUUCCAGAUGACCAAUGAGACGGUCAACAUCUGGACUCACUUCCUACCCACCUGGUACUUCCUGUGGCGCCUCCUGGCAUUGGGUAGCUCGGGUUUCCCCGCGGAGCCGUACCACCUGCCGUUGCUGGUCUUCCUACUGCCCGCCUGCCUCUACCCCUUUGCAUCCUGCUGCGCGCACACCUUUAGCUCCAUGUCGCCCCGUGCGCGCCACAUCUGCUACUUCCUGGACUAUGGGGCGCUCAGCCUCUACAGCCUGGGUUGUGCCUUCCCCUAUGCCGCCUACUCCAUGCCGGCCUCCUGGCUGCACGGUCGCCUGCACCAGUUCUUCGUGCCUACCGCUGCGCUCAACUCCUUCCUGUGCACCGGCCUCUCCUGCUACUCGCGGUUCCCAGAGCUAGAAAGCCCGAGGCUCAGCAAGGUUCUGCGCAGCACGGCCUUUGCCUACCCCUUCUUGUUUGACAACCUCCCGCUGUUCUACAGGCUGCAGCUGUGCUGGGGCAGGACCCACAGCUGCGGGCAGGAGGCACUGAGCUCCAGCCAUACCUACCACCUCCUCUGCGCUCUGCUCACAGGCUUCCUUUUUGCAGCCCGUCUGCCAGAGCGCCUGGCACCUGGGCGCUUCGACUAUAUUGGCCAUAGCCACCAGCUGUUCCACAUCUGUGCAGUGCUGGGCACCCACUUCCAGCUGGAGGCAGUGCUGGUUGAUAUGGGAUCCCGUAGAGCCUGGCUGACCAUGCAAGAACCCACCCUUGGCCUGGAGGCCACCAUGGCCACAUUGAGCCUGGCAGUGAUCGGGAACCUGCUCAUCAUUGCUGCUUUCACAGCCUCUCUGCUGCGCAGCCCUGGAAGCUGCCCCCUGCUGCAGGGUGGCCCACUGGAAGAGGAGCUCCAGGCUAAACGGCAGUGAGCCCAUCUCUGGUAGUGGCAUGGAGGGAGGCGGAGGAGCCCUGACGGGGCCUGAGAAGCAAAGGCAGGCAGUGAAGGGCAGCAAGUGGGGACAAGUACCUAGGCUGGGGCAGAGCUGGAGGUGUGGGGCCUCUCACGUGAUCUGCUCAGUUCAGGUCAUCCUGGGUGCUUGUGAGGCAUUUGCACCACAUACCUGCCCUGCCCCAGGGCCAGACUGGGCCCCUUGUCAGCAACUGGGUGUCCACACAGGAGCUGCCUGUUCUGCUCGUCAUUGUGACCAGGCCUUUGCUGAUUCGUGUUUGGAUGUGUCCCCAGUGACAUAGCGGAUGUGGUGGGGGUCACUGUGGGGAGGGGGGCUGCUGGACUUUAGAAAGCCACCUCCAGUGCCAUCCACAACAAAGCAGUACAAUAAACUGGACUGUAGCUUUC